AUGUUAACGAUUCCAAGCUUGGCGAUACCCCUAAGUUACCUCUAUAGUAUAUUCUAUGUAAAAAUUCAAAUGCUGCUAUUGGCUGAAUACAUCAACAAGUUGAAAGUUGAAUUUGAAAAGCUUGCCGAAGAGCGAUCGAAAACAAAGUUGUAUAAUACAUAUGUAAUAAUGAAGUUGAAACUUAUUAUCAAGAAGCAUUUAGACAUAAUACGGACGCACGAGAGAAUUUUAGAGAAUCAGGGUGAAUAUUUAAUUUAUAUUUUUAAUGGGUUAUUUAUAGGACUUUCUUCAGUUCUUGGAUAUUUCUCGGUAUUAGACACUCUUAAGUAUAGUUUUUUAGCCCAAUUAAAACUAAUUUUCCAGAGUUUGGAUUUGGCAUUCGAAUUGUACGAUCUGGAUUGGUACAAUUGGAACGCGGCUUCGCAAAAAAUCUAUUUGAUGUUGUUGACGCAAUUUACAAAAGGCAUGAGUAUUUCGGUUUUAUCGGUGCAUACUGUUAGUUGUGAAUUGUUUAAAGAGCUAUCUUUUAUUGAAGCAAUGAUCGAUUGUAAAACCCGUUCAAUGGAAAUGGCAAGGAUAGAAAACGAAACAGUUUUAAAUGACUUAAAAUCAUAUUUAGAAAAUUUAGGAAUUACCGAAAAGAAUACUUACUGGCUUGGUGGUAUUAGACGCAACAAUGGCGGAUGGGUGUGGAUCGAAACACAAGAGGUUGUCGGCUUCAAAAAUUGGGCCAAAAAUCAACCUGGAGAUGGUGAUGGAGUAAACGAUUUUUGCAUUCAAAUGGGUACGGAUAUUGGACCAGUUAAUCCUUACCAAUGGGAAGAACAAACCUGCCAAAGUCAUCGAAACUAUAUUUGCCAACUUUCUGAUGUUCCACUGCAACCUACAAGUACUACUACUACAACUACUACUAGUACUACAACUACUACUAGUACUACUCCUCCUCCUCCUGUAAUUCCCCCCCACAACAAUUUAGACUUUCUUAUAUAAUAUAAUAUAUAUUUUACUUACCACAGUCUGUUGAAACAACCAUAUUCAAUUUUUUUUAACUUGUUCCAACUAUUUUCGGAAAAAACCUAAAUAAACAGGUAUACGUACUCACUCAGUAGAUUAGUUUUAUUUGAAAUAUACAGGGUGCUUUCUGAAAAC